AUGGAAAACCUCAAAUUAAUCCUCGUCAUUGGAGGAACCGGUGCUCAAGGCCGUCCUGUCGUCAAAGCACUCUCCGAGAGCGGUCGCUACAGUGUCCGUUUAUUGACUCGAAACCCAGCCUCAGAUCAAGCUAAGGAACUAGCUGCUUUGCCAAACGUGACGCUGCUUCAAGGUUCCCAGGAUAGUCAAAAAGAUCUCCACGCCGCAUUCACUGGUGUAUAUGGCGCAUGGGUGAACCUUGAUGGCUUCACCAUAGGGGAAAAAAGCGAGAUUUUCUAUGGUAUUCGGGCAUACGAAAUCGCUCGUCAUCACGGUGUCAAGCACUACGUCUUUGCGAACAUUGACUACGCUCUUCGAAAAGCUGGGUGGGACGAGCAGUAUCAUUGCGGACAUAACGACGCUAAGGGGCGUGUUGGUGAUCUGAUCUUGAGUCACGGCCAAUCGACCAUGAAAACUUCACUUCUGACCACAGGGCCAUACAUGGAUAUGCUCUACGAUGGAAUGUUCGUUCCUAAGGAGCAAGCUGAUGGCUCGUUUGUCUGGGAGAACCCUGCGUCGGACGGUAAAAUCCCUCUAAUUGCAUUGGACGAUAUUGGAGUCUACAGUCUGUGGAUGUUUGACAACCCAUCCGAGUCCGCAGGCCUGGACCUCGAAGUUGCGACAGAUCAAGUGAGCUUUGCUGAGAUCGCGGAGACUUUUACGAGAGUGACGGGCAAGAAAGGUGUGCAUAAGUGCGUGUCACUAGAGGAGUACCUAGUAAAAGCCGAACUGUAUCCAGGAGCUUAUUCAAAUUGGGCUGUCAAGCCGGAUGUGCCUCGCGACGAGUCGUUCAUGACCUGGCGUGAGAACUUCUCGUCUUGGUGGCGCUAUUGGAGCGAGGGCAAAGGCGCAACUCGUGACAUGGCUUUCCUUGACCGGAUUCACGCCUCACGCAUUCCUAGCCUGGAAGCGUGGAUGAGAGUCAAGAGUUACGACGGGCGACCACAGUCUGUUCUGAAGGAUCUUCAUGAGCUGAGGAAGAAUCAGGGACCUUAG